AUGUAUCACUACCUGGCAUGGCAACUAAACCAUUCAAGAUCGGAGACGGUUGCAGAGAGUAAUGAACUCGGCCUGGAUAAUCACAAAGGCCAACCUCCCAUCUAUAGAAUCCAUCUACCAGGCCCGCUGUCAAGGAAAGGUUGCCAGCAUUCUCAUAGAUCCAUCCCAAUGCUUUUCUACAACCUCUACCAUCAGGGAGAAGGUGACUUCUACUGCUUUCCGAAGAUACACAAAGUCAACACACCUGGACGUCCCAUCAUAUCAGGCAAUGGGGCCCUGUGUGUGAUCCUCUCUGGUUAUGUCCAAGGCAUCUUGAAACCCAUUUUACAGGGGACCCCCAGCUUCUGUUGCAACACAACAAAUUUCUUACAAAAACGCAGCACCCACAGUCUAGUCGAAGUGGGAACAUUCCUCGUCACAAUGGACAUUUCAGCACUCUACACCAGCAGCUCCCACGAUGACGGCAUCGCUGCAACAGCCUCACAGAAAUUAUGGGCCAUGGUGUCUGAAAAGGAUAAACUCAAAGCAGCUGCUAAAGAACUAAGUGAGGCUAUCCACAGCAAUUUGAUUCCACCUCCUGACAUGUGUCUUAAAGAUGAUACAUAG